UAAGCAUGAACAUUACGUACGUAAGAUGACGUAUGACCUAUGACAACAUAACCGGACAUGCAUGCAGAUAGACAACAUUACGCAAUACACCACAAUAAUAAUAUCUGACUAUUGCUAUUCUUUCGUUUCGACAGACUUUGUAGGAUUCCGAGAACCAAAGCUGGUUGAUCUGAUCAAUAUAGUUGGUGUUAGAGUAAAGGUGAAGUGGAGAAGCAUAGGACUUGGGCUUGGUUUCAAGGGUUGGGAACUUGAUGGGAUUUACGCCACAAAGUGUAGAGAACUGGACCCUCCUCAAGAGUGUAUGACAGAGGUUUUUAGCCAGUGGAAGUCUGGGAAGAAAAGUGAAUACUCGUGGAAGAAACUGGCAGAAGUUCUUGUGCUGCCAACAGUUAAUGAACUUUCACUUUUGGGUCAUAUGUACAAAGAACUUAAUACGAAGUGAUAUUCAGACUAUAAUGCAUUAACUGUGGUAUUGUUUUGAAGUACUUUGUCUAGAAUAUAAUUGUCAAGCAUGGAUACUGGACAGGCGGCUGACAACCCAAACCUAUCAACUGCGACAUCCACAGCAUUUUGCAUAAUGCUCUCAGUAAGUCCCUCCCCCUUUUGAACUGUUAACCAAUUUAAACCUUUUAACUCCACUGAUACAAUCACAGAAGCAUGUUAAUAUCCAAUUAGUGAUUGCUGGUAGAAGUUUUUACAACUAUGUAAAACAAAGUGCAUCACAAUGCGGGAAGAGAGACAUACACCAGAAAUGAAUCACCCAAGGAUAACACACACUAUACACAAGAUACACAAGAGACAUCAUAAGACUGAGCAGGAGGAGCAGGCGUGGCCCUUCCCCUUCUCCAUCGUCUGAGUACUGAGUCUGAAGGACAUCUCUGUGUCUGCCACUGAGCUGAGACCCUCGUUCUUCCUCCACAGAGCCCGGGCCAUCCGCAUGAAGGUGCCCUCAAUGUUUGUGUUGUCUUUGGCCGAGGUCUCGAUGGCGUCCAGCAUGUUUUUCGUGGCAGCAUAUCUCUUGGCGUGAUUGAAGGGGACCUCUCGCAAACGAGGUUGGCUGGUGACAGUGUCUUUCUUGGUUCCAAUCAGUAACAUCACAGCAUCUGGACCUGCACAACAAUCUUUGUCUUAAAGUGUACUGUUUCUGUUGUGGAUGCGAAUCUAGCCACCAAAAUCAGUCCAUUUUCAAGUUGGUUUUGGUUUCUUGCAUACAGUUACUUUGCAUUUCAAGUGAAACGUUAUCCAUAUCCAAAAUCAGAAGGCUCAGAAAUCCCUUACUGCCUUAUGCAUCGGAGCAAACAGAAGAGAGACUGCUAAAAUGUUGUCUUCUCCUCUGUCUCACUCAGGCGAGUGUGUUGGCAAGUCAGGAGAGGCUGCAGUAUAUGGCUGCAUUCGGUGACAAGAAAGAGUACAUUGCCAUCAUUGAGGCUCAGCUCAGGAACGCCAGGAAGGAGAACAGUUCCCUGACGAAGGAGAAGGAGAUGAAGGGGCUCCAGCUGGUGUGGGAGACACAGAAACUGCGGGAGACGGAGGGAAAACUCCACCGCAAGGAGCAGGAGAUGGCACGCGGCCAGAAAGAGGUCUCGGUCUUCAAAAUGAGGCUCCACGAAAUGCAGGAGAAUCUGGAUAAAGCUGAGUCAAGUUGCAAGCAGCAGGAGGCCCAAGUCCAGUUGUUGGAGAGGGAGCUGGAACAACAGCAAUCGUUACGGGGACCCUCUCGCAGAAGAAGCACCAUCCCCCACCAAGACUCCUCUGCCACCUCUUCUCAUUCUUCCAGGGACCCUAGCACAGGUCUGAGUAGCAGUAGAGACCAACAGUCCCAGUCUCUAGCUGGAGAACUGGCAGACUGUGACGAGAGUGUCCGAGAGGGGAAGGUGGUAGUAGAGGGAGGAGGUGGAGGUGGGAAAGAGAAGGAGAACAGAGUGACAAAGUCCCCCAAGAGAGAGGGAAGGAGGAGGAGUGUCAAGUUGGGAGCUAUCAGUUUCCUGGAGGAGGUUGAGAGAGAGUUUGAGAAAAAGGCCAGCCAACAGGCUCCCGUGAAAAACACACAGACUGCUCUCUAUGGAAACAGACUCAAGGGUGGUUGCUGUGGUGCACCCGUGUAUCCAAGGGGCACUGGACAAGGCUCGAAAGCCAACCAAUGUCCACAGCAAUAAUGCUAUGUA